AGAUAACAGUGGAUGAGCGCAGACUAAUGCUUUUACCCAAAUCACUUUUUUUUAAUUUUUAUCUGCCCUAUCUAGUACUGCCUAAAAAUCACUAAUCCGAUGCUCGCAUUGUGAACAAAAGUAACAAUUGAGUCGGGCGAUAGAGUAAAGGAUCAAGAACAAAUUGCCUGACUGGGUUCUCAUCACUCUUCCAUGUUACUUAGCUUAUCGCCCAAGAACCUAUCUACUGCUCUUAAACCUUAAUGUUAUAGAUGAAACUAAAUAUGGCGCGCUAAAUCUGAUAUGUUUGCAAAUCGUCGAGGCAGGUCCGGUGGUAAGCCAACCAUUAAAACAUUUAACUAUCGCGUUAUACAACGACAAGGUUAUCGAGCCGUCGUAAAGUACGCAGAGCAAAAUUCUCGGCACGAUCUUUUCUUGAAACAUACCGCGCGCGGUCCUCAUACGGUAAGAAACGAACAUUUUUAUUGUUUGAAUAUUUUACUACGACGCUGCAAUUCUUACCUAGCCACUCAACACACUAUUAACAGCCAAUAAACAAAUAAAACAAAUCGAAUAUUUAGUGGUUUAAAUAAUACCCCUGAACAGCAAGACAAAAGGCUCCUGCCGAGAAGUAAGCUAUAGAAUAAAUAGACAUUUGUGGAUCAACUCGUGGCCCAAUAUCAGGCUUCUGUGUAUUUGUUUUCUCAUAAAUACAAGUGAUUAAGAGAAAAAAUUACUCGCUUUGGAAAAUAGGGUAAAUAACAGCAUGGCAUAAUCACUCUUGCAAAGAAUAGGCCACUAACAGCGCCCGGGUUGUUCUAUUCAGGAUUUGGCUAGGCCAAUUGUUGUUUAAGUCUCCUCAAUUGGUCCAUCAUCAAUCAGUCAUCUCUCGACUGUCAGUGAUAAUGAGUUAAUACCUCUUAAGCGAAACGGCCCUUGGAAGAAUUCAAUUCAGCGAUGGCUUACUGACUCAUUAGCAUCUGAUUAUUGCCGCAUCUGGACUCACUUAAGCCAAUAAAGCAGUCAUCAGAUCAAUUUUGAUCGCAGUAGAAAUACCCAAAAUCAUCUCGCAUCACCUCGGGUCCUUCAAACAGCCUAAGUGUUGGUUUUAUCGGGCAGAGAAACGAAUAAAGCCUGUUGUUAUUGUCGUGUGUGGUGAGUUAUCACAGGGCUCUCACUAGAGGUUCGUUCAGGCCAAAGCUUUACUUAUCUGCAUCCUCACCUAUCAAUCAUACCAUUGUUAUGGAGAUGUGUCUCUCGGGUAAGGCAUCAAGCUGUCCUUGCAGCCACAAAUUCAAAACAUUUACAAAAACCAACUAUGUUUGGUAGUGAGUAUCCGGCCCCCGAUGAUAAGCGAAUUCUAGACAACUUCGCUUUUAAUUCAAACGUCUUCUUAUCGAGUGCUAAAAAGGGGCGUGAGAAAAAAGCGCCAAAGGCGUAAUACGUACUAGACCUGAUAACGUUCCAGGCGAGAAAACCUUCGUUUUGACAAGGCCUUGGACAAAUACCCCACUUGUGUCGAGAAGAAGGUAUACUGGCAGGGUCUCGGGUGAUUGUCAUGCAAUACACAGCGCGUAAUUGCUGAAUUGUGUACCGUUUGGCCAAUUGAAAAAGGCUAAACAUGGACACACUUAGAGUGGAAACGUGUCUAGGGCUAAUUGAUAGCAACUAACAGCCAAUCACAGUGGGUUUUAUCAGUUUUCCCGGUUGUUUGCAAAGAAGGGGGCGGGGAAGUGCAUUUUAGCUUUCUCACGGUCCCAUUAGAUGUAUUGCUCGUCCAAUCAGCGCUCUCCGUUUGCUUGUCAACCGUUUAACAAGUUUGACGUUUUUAUUCGCGAUCAUUAUCACAGGCUUAAAACGUCGCCACUUAAGCUCAAACGCAUUGAGACCAACACAAAUGGGCUUUGUUUGCCUUUUCUUAGGCUCCUGAAAUUACUCUCUCAUUUUAAAAAAUCAGCAAACAGCUCGCACUCAUUAAAUCAAUCAGUCUUGAUCAAGUAUGGAUGAGAAAGCACGCGGCAACCCGUUCUCCAUCUCCAACAUUCUAAGUUCUACUCACAGCCAGAGAGAUAAUGAACGCCGUGAGUCGACCGCGGGGAGUGAGAGUGAGCGCGAUAAGCGCAAAUCUCUAUCGGGGGACGUGGAAGGAGAGACUUUGCACCUAAAGGAGCUUACACCAGAGGACAAAGAUGAGGACAUUUGCGUUUGGGAGACCGAGUCCUCCGACUUAAGCCCCACCAAGACGUCCCCGGACUACGACAGGUCUUUAGAAAAAGACGCACACCUUCACGACGACAAAAGAGACGACAGCAAAAAGCGCAGAAAGAAGAAGACUCGGACAGUGUUCUCGCGCAGUCAAGUUUACCAACUAGAGUCAACAUUCGACAUGAAGCGCUACUUGUCUUCUUCAGAGCGCGCAGGGCUGGCAUCACAGCUACACCUCACGGAAACCCAAGUGAAAAUCUGGUUCCAGAACCGACGCAACAAAUGGAAGCGUCAAAUCGCCGCGGAAAUGGAGGCGGCGACUCUUGCUCAAGCCAGUCAACAGAGGAUGGUGCGAGUACCGAUACUGUACCAUGAACAGAGUAGAGAACAUUCGCACUCUUCGUACCCAUUUUACCAUCAUCCGUACGCUAGCAUGCAGUACCCUCCGAGCUUCUCGCAUUUAUUUGCACACCCUCUACGGCCGUCCAUGAGCUCUUUGGUGUAGGUCAAAUAGCAGGUAAACUUGUAAAUAUAAAGCCACCGUCAGUUGUGAAUAGAGGGCUGGUUCUUCAGAAAUGGUCGCGAAGAGAGAACGCUACAGGGCUGAUAAAUAACCCCUGGCCGACACCGACAUUAUGUUUGCAAUGCAUCGAGCAAGAAAACAAAUAUCGCUGCGUUAUAUCAAAAUACGAAGAACCGCCACAAUGGGUCGAAAGAAAUAUGAAGAAUCUAUCAAUCGCAUGAGUUUUUGUUGGACUGUACAAACAUUGUUAGAUUUCAAAUCGGUUUAUUUAUUGAAUUACGCGCUGAACUCAGUGUUACUUUAGAGGGUUCGGCGGAGACUGAGAAUUUCGAGUACGGCAUGACUGCCACUGCAUAUGACUGUCUCUUCACAGCUAUGUUUACAAAUGUUAUUUACACCCUAUUUAUUCAAUACCAAAAAUUAUUAAAACUAAGAGCGAAGACGACCGUUAUAUUUGCCUGCAAAUAAUGCCCUUGAAAAAGCCGAUUUUUCGCACUCUAUAGAUUUAUCGACAGAAUUAAUAGAUAGGCUUUGUUGGCACCGUUUGAUUACAAAAACUGUUAAUCGGUUUUCGAGUUCAAUUGGGAUCUCAUCGACAGGGUUGAAUUACACGUUUUGAUGAGAGUAACUCUUUCCCAAGUGGCGUCUUUGCUUUCUUCUACAAAAUAAACAAUGCAACGUCCGUUGACGAUAAAGUCGAAAUGAUAUAGAAAUAACUGCAGCCGAAAAAAGAAGGUAUGACACAAAAAGAGGGGAAAUGUAAAAAGGAUGGAAAUUUUAGUAAUAGAAUUUUGAAAUAAAAUAUGUUCACGUGUAA